AUGCAACUCAUAUAUGACAAUUUAGCAAAAGAUGAAAUCCAUACCAUUAGUCAUAAUCUAGCAAAACAUAUUGCUAUUAUUAAACAGUUACAUUCACAAUCAAACGAAAACCAACGUUUAAAACUCGCUCAUCAUAUUCAUCUUCUUCGUAUUAAAAUCGGCGGUCAAAUGACUUCGCUUGAUAGACUUCAGGAAGAGCUGCUAUUUUCUUCCCUUACCGAGAAUAAUUCUUCAUUGAAUGAAAUUGAUCAGAAUGAUUCACAACAUAGUCCAACAUCGAACGAAUUUCGCCAUCGACAAAUUACAACAAAUCGUCUCAAUGAUUCAUAUGAUUUACUCGAACAAGAUUUAGCUUAUUUACAUGAAGCAAUCGAUGAAGUUAAUACAAUUAUUAAACAACAAAAUCAAAAACUACUUUCAAAAACUGAACAUGUUCAAAAUAACGCAGAAGAUCCUAGCCAUAAUACAUCGUCAUUGAUUCAAAAGGUCAUGCAAAGUAGAUAUUUUGCAUUAGUAUCAGGUGCUGUAAUAGGUGCUAGUCUUGGUGGACCAGUUGGGUUUAUGGUGGGUGCUAAAGUUGGUGCAUUGGUUACACUGAGUGGCUCAGCUGUCGGUGCCCUCUCAUUGAAUAUUAUGCGACAAAAAGUAUUGGAUAAUAAUGAAUCUCAAAAUAAUGAUUGUGUUACAUAUAAUCAAGCCAUGCUUUAA